AAUAACACCUAGGCGGCAGGGACGGCGCCCCAAUUCCUUAGUCUGGGAACAUUUUUCUCGCCCGUCAAAAGAGGAGGGAUAUUCAUAUGUGAUUUGCAACUUCUGUAAAGAGAAGUUGUCAUACUGCGAGUCUACCGGCAAUCUUUUGAACCACCUCAGAAGAAGACAUGCAUUCAUCAACACUGAUUCAGUGCAUACAUCAAAGUGCUGCGCGGCACUUAGUGCAACACUUUAGAAGGUCAGCAAAAUGCAUGACAGCGUUGCGACGCCAUGCUCAGUCGGCAGACACUGAAAUAAAAAACAUUGAGAUGCCGAUAGACGUUUCAAGCAGGUGGAACUCCACAUUUGCUAUGAUAGCAAAUCUUGUGAAAAACCAGUGGAUAAUUCGUUCGGUACUGGCUGAUCCAACAAUUGUCCCACGAGCGACAGCAGUCAGUCUUGAACUAAAGGACAACCACUGGAGCUUGCUGAGAGAAAUUUCUAUCAUAUUGAAACCAUUCAAGACAGCCUCUGAUCACCUUGAAGGAAGUAAUUAUGUGACGAUGUCAUCUUUGCUACCAAUUGCAAAAGGUUUAGUGGGUCAGUGUGAAGAACUCCUUGUCGAUGAGCUUCAGCUAUCGGCAUCAAAGACCUUCUGUUCGACCAUUCUCAGUUCGUUACACACUAGAUUCUCAGAUGUCAUGUCAACUUCAGUACAAAGCGAAGGAGUAAGCAUUUACCACAAGUCCACCUGGUUGAAUCUUUUUCACAAGGGCAAAUUUUUCAGCAGACAGAUGCGAGUCUCGGUGCGGAUAGCUGUUGAAACUGAAGCAGAUACUUCUACGGCUCAGGAUGAAUCACGUCAUGGACCCCUGCCACAAAUGGAUCAUAGUCAAGAGCAAAUGGAAACCGUGAAUUCAUCUAGUGAAAUUCAUGGACUUUUUGAGAGAGGCCUAGAGAACUCUGGCAGUUCUUCAGACUCGGAAAGUUCAAAUAUUGUGCCAAAGGAAAUAGCUUGGUACUUAAAACGAAAGGUUGAUGAUAAAGAGUCACCACCUGCACCAUUGACCUGGUGGGAUAACAAUGGAGCCCGUGCCCCUUUGCUCAAGAGAAUGGCAGUGAAGUAUCCGAGUGUACCCGCAACCUCGGCUUCUUCAGAAAGGGCUUUUUCUUCUGCUGGACUGACUGUUUCACAGUUGAGAUCACGACUAACGAGUGCCCAUGUUAAUGAACUCAAUUUUCUCUACUGCAAUAAGAAAUUGUUGGAGUGA